AUGCGAUGGUCGUGUCAAGGCAAGGACGACAACAUAUUCCAAGUUUACCGGAGAUGCCACCAAGUCGUCGUCACCUCAGUGAGCCACUUCCAAAGAGCAUCCUACUCGGCCAGCAGCUGUCAAUGAAAGAACCCAAUAACUCAGCGACACCAUUCUCCUUUAACCCAGGUGCGGCGGAACCACUCAUUCAGCCUAACCUAUUCAACGGCUUGAGUGAUGCAGCAAUCUUUCCCUACCUGCCAAACGUCUCUACCGCCAUACCCUCCGAUGUAAAUACAGGAUUAAAUCAUGAUUUUUUUGCGCCAUCGCGUGGUAGUGAUGUCUUGCUAUCACCAUCACUAGCAAGAGGCCUACAACAACAACGACUACAACAACAUCACAAGCCGCCACAUAUUCCAAGGUUACAGGUAAUGCCACCACAUAAACACGACCUCAGCGAGCCACUACCACAGAGUUACUUACUUGGACAGCAGCCUUCGACUAAAGAACCUACAAAAUCUGCCAAAGCCAAACUAGUCUGCCCGGAAUGCAAAAAGAGUUUCUCGUAUCCGUCGGCCUUCAAAAGACACAUAUCAGUGCACACUGGCGAGAGGCCAUAUCCUUGCAUAGAGUGUGGAAAAACCUUCAAGACGAAUUAUAAUCUUAAUGUGCACAAGAGAACACACACAGGUGAGAGGCCAUAUCAGUGCAUAGAGUGUGGAAAAACCUUCAAACGGAAGUGUCAUCUAACUGUGCACAAGAGAACACACAUAGGUGAGAGGCCAUAUCAGUGCAUGGAGUGUGGAAAAACCUUCAAGAGGAAGUAUAAUCUAACUGUGCACAAGAGAACACACACAGGUUAAAAACCAUAUAUGUGCACAAUCCCGGGAUGUGAACAGGCAUUCUCACAGUCCUUCGAUCGCAACCGGCAUGUUCGUCGCCACAAGGCGAAUAUUGAGAAGCAAGCCAAACCUGCAAGUGGAUGCAACUGAACAGACACUGCUCUAUUGGACCAGCAUCUCCAGUUCAAACACGACAAUGUCGGCAGGAGCACCAAAUCAGAAGAUAACAGCGCCAGGAAAUGAUGUUAUAGGGGUGUACGUUUUUGGAAACAUGAUUUCUGUGCUGGCGUGCACUGUGUGGAAUUUGAGCAAUAGAAUGAUCCGACAAGUGUGUGUGUGUGUACAUGUAGUAUCCUGGCCUAAACUGCAUUUGCUGCUGCAGUCAUCCUAACACCCUCCGCUAUCAACACCCUCACGUCUUUGAUUGAUAUAUUGCAAAACAGUAUAAUUAUGUACAGGGUAUUAUAUUGGUUUUCGGAAUGAUUUAAUUCCCCCUGUCUCCUGCUUCCCCUGUCUCUUGUCUCGCGUAUAGUUUUAGUCGCAUUUUGGAUUGUCGAGUUUUGCUACAAUGUUACCUUGUUGGUUUAUGGCUUUUCUCUUUUGCUGUAUUUCCUGUUGCUGCAUGUUGCUGUUGUGUAUGUGGAAUG